GGAUCCCAUCAGCCCAGACAAGGGGACGCAUUUUGACGGAUGACAGGACCCUAAGCCUGUCCAUGGGCUGGUGCCACGGUGGUGGUGUGGAGGCAGAAGUCAGGCUGGUACUGCCCGGCUUUAUUUCCCAGUCUGGUCAUGGGGUGUAUGUAGAAGACGGCCUGGGGUUUCCCUGCAGUUGAAGAAGAAGUGAGUUUAUAAUAUGUUGCCAAGAAUAAAAACAGACCUGGAAAUAACGUGGGCACGUCUGUUGCUUCCUCAUAACAAACAACUGCUCUGUGCUCAGAGCUGCCAACCUGCAAGGGUCACGGGCCCAUUUUAGAGACCAAGAGAGCUCAGCUGACCAGUUUGCUUAGGAAGUGCUGCUGCCAGAGCACGCCAGAACUGAAGUCAGGCCUUGAGCCUGGGCAGCUUCUCUUGUGAGCCCAGCAGAGUCCCAUGGUAGAGGAAAGGGACUGGCUUGGUGGCAGUGUGUGUGCACAGCUCCAGAGCCAAGACUUCUGUUGUACUGUGCUGUUCCAUUCCGAUUCUGUGUCUUGUUUUACUGGAUCCUGUGAGCUGUCACAGGUCUGAAGGGUCACAGUCACAGGGAAGCUGUGGAUAGGAGGCAGCAGGCUGCAGGGAUGAUAUCGGGGUGGUUUUGUAAGGAGGUGUGGGUUUUAUCUGCCCAUGGACUUCUCCCCUGGUGCUGAGUGUGUUGGUGGAGGGGGAGGAGGAGCCCACGCAGAGCCGAGCCCAGCCCCACAGAGCUGGGAGCCACUGGGCCGCUGAAUCCCUCCCAAAGUCAGGAGCACGCUGUGACCCUUGGCUGUGACCGCCCACCUAUGAAAUUGGCAGGGUGGGCAAGGCAUCCUCUGGAACCAUGGCCCUGCAAUGCUAUUUUGUGUUGGGGGUAAUGUGGGGAGAGACAGAAGUGACAGCCCUUACCGAGCAUCUGGUGGCUUCUCAUUUGCAUUGUUUGUGUGGGGUCCCAGCUGCUGUCUGGGUGCUGGGCCACCCCAUCCGUUAGGUGAGCCUCAGGCUUGUGACGUGUCGCUGCUGAACCCACCUCAGCAUCUUGUUCAGUGUGGGUUUGGUUCCUCCUGGUGACAAAGCAGGGACCACAGCGCCCUCUCUCGGCAGGACUUGGGAGUGCUUCCUCACAGUGGCGGUGACCAGGCAGCACCGGACCUGUCCUGGGGUUUCACAGUGAGGUUUGCUUCUGUCCCUGCUCUGGCGCUCUUCAGUUCACUUUGGUAAGAGGAGGAGCUGCAGAACCUUGUGAGGUGCUGAGCCGGGCGUGGGGCUGCGAGUUAGAGGCCUGUGUGUGGUGGGGUACACUGGAGCCUGGAGGCCUGUCAGGGAAGGAAUUGCCCCACGAAGCCAUUAGCUUCCAUGGAGCAUGCUCAACCUUGGCUGCUGAGGAGUUCCUGGUUGGAGUCAUGCUGUUCUGUCCUCUGCGGGACUCUUUCUCCUCACUCCUGCCAGCUAAGGUUUUCUAACUGUUGCAGUAGUAGGUGAACAGGUCCCUUGUUCUCUGUGCACAGAUCACUUUGGCCAUCCAGCCCACCUUGGCUGUCGAGCCCCGUCGGUCAGGCUUGUGUGUUCUUGGUCCUUGCUCACAGUCUGGUGUCACCAAGCCUGUUUGCAUGGGGACCAUGGUGGUGGCCUUGGCUGCUUUUUAUGUGUGUAUAAUGAACUCCAAUCAUUGCCCUUUCUGCCUGCAGCCUGGAAUCGUGUCACCAUUUAAACGAGUAUUCCAAAAAGGUGAAAAGGGUAGAGAUAAGAAAGCCCAGGAGAAGGUGACAGAGAGGCGCCCCCUGCACACUGUGGUGCUGUCACUGCCUGAGCGCGUUGAGCCCGACAGACUGCUGAGCGACUAUAUUGAAAAGGAGGUGAAGUACUUAGGUCGGCUGACGUCCAUGCCAGGGCACCUAGACCCCUCCAGGAGGACUGAGAUCCUGCAUUUCAUAGACAAUGCAAAGCGAGCCCACCAGCUUCCGGGACACCUGACCCCGGAGCAUGAUGCUGUGCUCAGCCUGUCUGCCUACAACGUCAAGCUGGCCUGGAGGGACGGUGAGGACAUUAUCCUCCGGGUGCCCAUUCACGACAUCGCCGCUGUCUCCUACGUCCGUGAUGACGCUGCGCACCUGGUGGUGCUCAAGACAGCCCAGGACCCAGGGAUCUCCCCAAGCCAGAGUCUGUGUGCAGACGGUUCCAGAGGCCUCAGUGUGGGCUCCCUGUCUGAGAGUGCAGUGGGGCCAGUGGAGGCCUGCUGCCUGGUCAUUCUGGCCACAGAGAGCAAGGCUGCUGCCGAGGAACUGUGCUCCCUGCUCAGCCAGGUCUUCCAGAUUGUGUACACGGAGUCCACCAUCGACUUCCUGGACCGGGCCAUAUUUGAUGGGGCCUCCACCCCCACCCACCACCUGUCCCUGCACAGCGGUACGUCCAGUAGAGGGGGUGUUGACAGUUCAGAGGCCGUGGACCCUUUCUGUACAUCGAGUGGAGGAGGGCAGCGACAAUUCGGGGGCCGUGAACACUUUCUGGAUGCACAGGUUCCCAGGAGGUGCCUACUAUGAGACCAGGAGGCUGAGCAGUGUCUGGGAAUCUCCCUUCAGUACACCCAGGCUUGGUUGCUCAGGCUGCCCCUGAGGCUAAGGUUGGGGGUCGGGGUGGUGGCUGG